AUGAGUCGGCCGGAGCACCUUCUCCCCGCGGACGUUUAUUAUGGAAAAGAGGAGACGCAGCGCUACGCCCGCAGCUCCCGCAUGCAUGCAGUGCAGCGGCAGCUGGCAGAAAGGGCUCUGGAAAUGCUGCUGCUGCCGGAGAACGAGAGCUGCCUUGUCUUAGACCUGGGAUUUGGCUGCGGCAUGAGCGGCUCUGCUGUUUCUGAGAAGGGCCAUUUCGUAGUUGGACUUGACAUCUCAAGACACAUGCUAGAGGAAGCCAGAGAAUUGGAAAACCUGGAAACUGCAGAUGCUCUGCUAGCGGACUUGGGAAAACCCUUCUACUUUAGGCCAGGCACGUUCGACGGGGCCAUUUCUAUCAGUGCCAUUCAGUGGCUUUGUUCAGACAUUAAGUCUGAUAUAGCCGACGCUCUACGUACACCCGAAAACACAGCAGCAGCAGCAGCAGCAGCGGGAGCAGCAGGGGGGAGCAGCGGCGGGGAAGAGGACAUGGACGAGGAUGAGGCUUCGGACCAGCAGCAGCUGCUGCUGCAGCAGCAGCAGCGGCAGCGCAGGCCUGCACUCCCUGCUUCUGCCUACAGACGCCAAACUUGCUUCUUUGAACAUCUCGCGAGAGCUCUGAAGCCCGGAGCCCGAGCAGCCUUACAGUUUUACCCAGACAGCGCGGAGCAGCUCGAAAGCCUGACUUCUGCUGCGCUGCGCAGCGGCUUCGAGGGUGGCCUUGUAGUUGACUUUCCCAAUUCAACCAGAGCCAAAAAGUACUUCUUAUGUUUGUGGCUGCCAGGAGGCCACGCGCGGAAGCUGCAGCAGCUGCCGAAAGCCCUGGGCACUUCUGCGAUUAUCAACGAAGGAAGAGAACGGCCUCUAGUGUCUGGGCGAAGAGCGAAGAAACAAAUUUCUAAGAAGGAAUGGAUCGCCAAGAAGAAAGAGAAGCAAAGCAUGAAGGGAAAGAAAGUUCGGCCAGACUCGAAGUACUCGGGAAGAAAAAGAAAAGACAAAUUUUGA